CUAGAUGCAAUAAACACGCUUAACAUCAAAAAAAAACAAACUUAAUCACUCUUAUCUUCUCUAAAAAUCUCUCGUAAUUAACUUGUGUGAAAAGGACGAAGUGAUUAUCUAACGACCGUCUUCAUUUUAAACCAGAUCAACUUGUUCUUUUAGUUAGCAUCAGUCAGUGAAUAUCUGUAGCAGACAUGACAUCAUUUAUCGAUGCUGACGCGAUUCUAUCAGGAAGCGAGCAGUGGGUUCAGCUUGAUCAAAAAUGGGGGACACCGGUCGAUUUAGACACAGAAGACGACGGACCAAGACUCAAAACUGUCUUCAGCACCUUAGACUUGAAGAAAUCUACCUUCGAUUCAUCGUUUUUAUUUAAACGGAGGAAACUCGGAAGAAAUUCAUCUAAAAAGUCUAUGGAUUACAAGGAAUUUCUUCAAGAUUUAAACGAUGCUCCAAGAAAUACGCCAGAUAAACAGUUUUACUUUGUCAGCGGGCAGAUUCUUUCCGCCAUUUCUGUCGAAGAGAUCUGUGAUGGUAUAGACGACAUUUUCAAGUCAAUGGAUAAGCUUUGCUCGGCGACUAGCACCGUUAGAAUCAACAAGAAACGAAAACCCAGUAUGCCUGAUAUUGUGCAGUGCAGUAUUUCGACAAAUGGUCUGUCAUUCGAUGAUACAGUGGUAAACGCAAGUGAAAAAGAAAAGGCGGAUAGUGACGACGUUUCAGGCUAUAUUGAUGAGGUAUUUGGACAUUUAGAUUCAUUCACCAGUGAGCGGUCGUCUAAGGAAUCAGUAACAACUUUAGUUAGGAGGUUCACGAGCAUGCUGAAGAGUCCGAUCAAGUGUAGUCCGAGGAAGCGAAGGCAGUGUGGAGAUAGGUUUAAGGAAUUAACUGAGUUUUGGCAAGCACAGUCUAAUGGGACUGGUACAAGGCAUGGCUCCUGAGAUUAAGAUAAAAGUAUUUUAAAAGGCAUAAGGGUGUCAGAAAUAAUGCAAAAUUGAACCCUAUCACUUUGAAAUAAAGUUCAAAAUCAGGUGGGAAAUAUUAUAUUCCCUCUGCCUUAUAAAUGCUUAAAUGAAAAUAUUUAAUUUAACUUAUAUCAAGUUAUCAUGGAUAUCUAUUCUUUAUUUAAUUGGAUAUAUUGUGUAUGAAAUAUAUUAUAUAUAGACAUAAGCAAACGGGAGCCCAUUUUAUUAUGUUUUCACCACGCCAGCUCGUGAAGAUUCUCUAUUCUUCAAAAACUGAUGAGAAAGUUACAUUUUAUCUAUAAGUUACAAAGUAAUAAAUUGUGAGUGGUUUUCUCAAAUUCCUCAUUUUGGCGGGUGGUUUUGACACUUGACUGAUAAAAUAAUGUAAGCUAAGUCUCACGAAAGUUUUAAAAUGGCUAAUGGUGCUUCAGAGACUACUGUUUUUUGUGUUAAGGUUUUACUUAAUUAGCUAAGGAUAAUAAUGUUUAAUCCUAGGUAGCUUAAUAUUUAACAUUGUGAUAAUAAUAAAAAUUAAGGACAGUUUUGUAGUAAAUAAUAACUAUUUUAACAACUUUUUGUAUAGAUGGCAGCACCAUGUGUCUCGUUCGUUAUAUCGUAAUCCAGUAAGGGAUUCGUAUCUUAGGAGGUGCAAGCAUGUAGUUGGUCAAAGACGCUUGGUCUUUUUAAAGAUUGCAUAUACUCUAGAUUUUUUAUUUUGUUUAUAGUAGGGGUUUUAUUUUUUGAUUGUCAAACGUACAUUACGUACUUAUAACCGCUAAUCUUAGUAGAUUAAUGUUUAAACAUAUUGUAGUAAUAUUUGAUUUGUUUGUGUGUAGGUUUGCAAUUUAGACAUGUUUUAGUACCUUACUGUAAUCCUGUAACAAUUUAAAUAAUGGGCGUUAAAUUAAAAUAUUUGAUUUA